AUGGGGCUCAAGUCCAGGAAUGGUGAUAGCUCUGGCGAUGGCAAGAAGCUGCGGGUGGGCUUCGCCGCCGAUUCCGAGCCCGGGGUAGUGGGAUUGGGGCUGAGCUCCGGUGCGGACCGUGACGGCGCUUUGCUCCUAGAUGGACGGAGCAAAGAAGAUAGCAAACCCGGAGCGAAGGAAGGUCUAAGCCUCCUGACUAAACCCCUAAGCUACAGUCAACCGAGCAAGAGGAAAGCAACCUACAGAAAACUGCAGAACUUUAUCUAUGAUGCGCUGGAGAGACCCGGAGGAUGGGCACUGGUCUAUCACGCCUUCGUAUUUUUAUUAGUCCUUGGAUGCUUAAUCCUGGCCAUUUUGUCAACAUUUUCCGAAUUCGAGGCACUCUCACAAAAAUGGCUUCUAACACUGGAAGCUGUUACCAUCAUUGUGUUUGGAUUAGAGUUUGCUCUCAGGGUCUGGGCAGCUGGCUGCUGUUGUCGAUUCAGAGGAUGGAGAGGCCGUCUGAAAUUUGUCAGAAAGCCUUUAUGUAUCCUAGACAUCAUCGUCCUGAUUGGUUCUGUGGUGAUUGUUGCAGUGGGGACACUGCAGAACAUAGUGGCAACGUCACUGCGAAGCUUACGUUUUCUACAAAUACUGCGCAUGUUACGAAUGGACCGGAGAGGAGGCACAUGGAAACUUUUAGGCUCAGCAAUUUGUUCACACAGCAAGGAACUCAUCACUGCCUGGUACAUUGGAUUCCUGUCACUCAUUCUGGCCUCGUUCCUUGUUUACCUGGUUGAAAAAGAUGAUAAUGAUGCCAGAAACAGCACACAGGAUUUUAAUACCUAUGCGGAUGCAUUGUGGUGGGGUUUGAUUACACUGACUACAAUUGGCUACGGUGACAAGACACCGAAGACUUGGGCAGGUCGUCUUUUAGCUUCAAUGUUUGCUCUUGUAGGAGUUUCAUUUUUUGCUUUGCCAGCUGGCAUUCUUGGCUCUGGGCUGGCUCUUAAAGUUCAGGAGCAGCAUCGACAAAAGCAUUUUGAGAAAAGAAGAAAUCCUGCAGCAAGCUUGAUCCAGGCUGCAUGGAGAUUUUAUGCCACGAACCUCAACAGGAGUGAUCUUAUUGCCACGUGGAGAUAUUACGAAACUGUGAUAACAAUUCCUUUCUUCAGGCAUAAAAUGCUGGAAAAACUCAGCAGUCAGAAGCUGAGCCUUUUGGAACGUGUUCGCAUUGCUGGACCCAGAGGUGCCAAUGUUAAGAGCAAGCUUUUUACACCUCUAAACACAGAUGGAGUAGAGGACAGUCCUUCAAAGGAACAGAAGAGUUUGGGUUUCAGUGACCUUCGAGCAGCAGUUCGCAUUAAAGCCUUUGGCUUCAGACAGAGCUCGGAAGAUGCUGCUGCUGAGGUGGACCAAGAGCCUGAGGACAAAGGUUACCAAGCUGACCUCAUGGAAGAUUUGAUCCCAACGUUGAAAACAGUCAUCAGGGCUACAAGUAUCCUGAAAUUUUUCCUCAACAAGAAAAAGUUCAAGGAGACUUUACGACCUUAUGAUGUGAAGGAUGUUAUUGAACAGUACUCAGCAGGACAUUUGGAUAUGCUUUCAAGGAUAAAGUAUCUCCAGUCAAGGAUUGAUAUGAUUCUUGCUCCUGCACCUCCAUCAACUCCCAAGCAGAAAAAAUCAAACUCAAAAGGAGGUUUUGUAUACCCUUUACAACAGUCACCUAAAAUUGAUCCCGAUGUAGCCAAAAGUUCUGAUCCAGAUGCUGAAGACCAAAGUAUGAUGGGAAGAUUUGUCAAGGUUGAAAGACAGGUAGAAGGAAUGGAAAAAAAGAUUGACUUCCUUGUGGAUAUGCACAUUCAGCAUAUGAAUACUCAACAGUCUGCAUCAACUGGGUACUAUUCAAUAAGAGGAGCAGGGACAUCAGUUCAGCAAAGUCCCGUUGAGGACAAGGUGGAAGACAAAUAUUCUGAGAUUAAAAGAGUUAUCUCAAGCUAUCCUGAUUCCUGCACCUACAUGGCUCCUCAAAGUUGUUUCCAAGUCCAAGUUUCUUCUGUUGGUCCAUUUGGUUUCUUCAGCCAAAGUCCAGGAAGUACAAAAUUUUCAACUUUAGCUGCUGAUUUGUCAAGAUUUCCACCACCCCCUGCUCCAUCAUAUACUGAAAGACCAACUGUACUGCCAAUAAGCUCACUGACAGAUAUUCAAGGUAACAUAUGCCCUAGCUAUCAGGGAGGAGAGCUAGCAAGUCCUUUUUCUACAGUGAGGCAUGGGAGAAGCACAAGAGACAGUGAUACUCCCAUCUCUCUCCUUUCAGUCAACCAUGAAGAACUGGAGCGAUCCCCCAGUGGAUUCAGCAUCUCCCAAUCAAAGGAUGACUUGACUUUUGGUUUUUAUGGGGGAGGAAGUUGGCCAAAAUCAAAACUUUAUUUAGCAGAGGGCGAAACAGACACUGAUACUGAUCCUUACACGCCAUGUGGUUCUGCACCUCUAUCAUCUACAGGGGAGGGAAUUCCUGACAAUAUAUGGCCUACAUCAAAUAAGCCAAUUUAA